UCCAAAAAAUCUAUUCAUUGCCGCGUUUGUGGCGCCAACAGUCUUAAGCUUUGCUGGAACGAAUCGAUAUUCCAGCUCAAUAAAUCACGCCUUCUCGCUUGGAGCCGACUGCUGACUAAAACAGGUUUCAUAAACAAAGCAAAGGUGACUUAAUUGUCUAAUUUGGACAGUGGUUUUUGUCGGCAGAGGCAUACGUGGAGACAAUAUAUAUCACGGGUGAGCGAGAACAGUUUAUAUUCAAACAAGUGCUCUACUUCGACACUUGUGUCAGAAAUUUCAAGGCUUGUUUUCUUCCCGCAAAGGAAUCGUCAUUGUAUUACUGACGGGAUAAACGUCACGAAGAAAAGUCAUCGUUUAAGAGUUGAUUCAGAAAGAUGGUAGUCAAAAGACUUGUCAACUUCAAUUAUUUCUGUUUGGUUACCCUCUUGAUUUUGACGGAUCUGUCGUUGCUGUUUUCAUCUCCAGUUCCGUUUAUGGAACUCCUUAACGGCAAAACAAGCGCACUUCCUAGAGAAGAUAAAGGAGAACUUCCCUCCAGAGAUCCAAUUAGCUUGCUCGGGAACCAAGUCCUCCCGCAACGAAAAGUCGACGAGACCCCGACGCUUGAUACAACGAAAAGCUUGUCAGCUGUUCAGAAUAACUUAUUCAACUUAAAGUCCACGAAACUGCAUAGGAACACCAACCUAUCAACAGCAAGAAGACGUCAACAGUUGGAGCUCAUGCAGUUGAGAGUUUCGCGUCCAUCUUCCCCAAGCGACCUCAAUUUAAAAUCUGCAACCAAACAACAAGCAAGAGGUGGUCUUCCUUUGCAGAGUUCAUCGUCUAGUACGCAGAAGGAGCCAUGGGAACUUCUCCCAAUUAGGCCCAAGAAAGCAACGGAGGGGAAGAACGGAAAUAAUCCGGAAAUAAGCGUCCAAUUUAGCGGGAGCGGGGCCACAGAAGACUCAGUUGGAAAAAGGCCAGUGACCAGAAGGCCGGUGAUAUCAAACAGCAACAAAAUGCCUAUAUCCAGUGGAGUUCCCCAAGUAAAAUUAGGCAGGAUGAAUCUAAAAAGCGAAUGGUGCGUGAUACAUCCCUUCAAAGACAGUGUGCAUCAUCGCGGCUGCCAAACUGCAGAAAUCAACAACAGCAUGUGCUAUGGACAAUGCAAUUCGUUUUUCAUCCCAAAGAAAUUUGUUUCCUGUUCAUAUUGCGCGCCCUCCUCACAGGAGACAAUCAAAGUGCGACUGGAAUGCCCCGGACAAAAUCCCUCCUUUGUGAUAAAGAAGGUUAAAAUUGUGAAGGAAUGUGCUUGCAAAGUCUGUGGAUUGCUCAAGCAGUAGAGAACUGUUAAUCCACAUCAAAAGUCGUUCCAACGAAUGAAGAGAACACUUCAUAACAGCUUUCCAGCCAGUUGACCGCUGUCGAUCUUACCAAAAAAAGAUACAAAAAGGAAAGAUUUCCCAACAGUAAUACGCUACAAGAAGACAUCUGCUGAGUCGGCGGAGCGCAGUACACCAAGGAAAAAUAAGUUAAUUUUAAUAAAGUUUCAACAAUGUAAAAUACUAUUCGUUACCUUAUCGACGUAAACAAGAUUUGUUAGCGACAAAGAACAGUAAUGUAUAUUUACGAAAGGCAAAAGCUGCCAUAUUUAAACAUGGAGAUAAGUAUCAAGCAAAACUUGAUUUGUAUCUAUAUAUGAGCGACAUGAUUCGUAGUUUUGAGAAAACAACUAAUUUACUUGUAUAAAAAUUGUUAUAAAUAUAUUAUUCAGUUUGGAAUGGAGAUUAAAUAGAGUAAUAUCGAUACCCCUGAUGUCGGGAUGUCAGAACUUUUGGUUUACAACGAGAAUUGAAGGGA